CCAUACAUCUCUGUCACAUAUGGCAACCAUCAGUUAGCAGGAGCAAGUAUAAACCUCAGUUGCUGGAUCCAAUUGGUUGAUUUUGCCUGGCAACCAUCAGUAACUAGGGUUGUGUACUUUGUCUGGAGUUGAUUGGUUGACUGUCUGAUGAGUUACCAUGGCUGUUGUUAGUAUGAAAAGAACACCAGUUCCUCAAGAACACAUUGCCUACAUAAGCCAAUCAGAAAGCACAGCACAUUAUCACUCAAGUAGCCAAUCAGAAGGCUUGACACAAACUCAUUCAACAAGUCAUUCUGAAAGUGUUCCUUCACACAUAGUUAGGGAAUAUGGAUUACAUUCAACAUUCCAAUCAGAAAUUCCAGGACAUAGGCUUGUAACAAGACCAGGGCGUCAACUAAAAGCGUGUGUGUACUGUCAGUUGAAGAAGGUCAAAACACGGUCAGGAUGGGUGGUCAAGUCCUAUUACAUGUGUGAGGCGUGUGGUGUUCCCUUGUGUCGUGGUCAGCGCGAGUGUUACCACCACUAUCACCAGCUCAUCUCGGGACAGGGUCAAAUGUAGUGGUCAGUGAUGCAGAAAGCACCAGCAAUCGCAUGUUGGCCAAAUUCGUGGCACUGCCUGAACUUAUAUCAAUAUACCGAUUGUCUCCCCCAUGUGAUCCAUGUAUUUGUAUUGAUCUGUGCGUCGUGUAGUUUUACCCAUGUGAUUUAGUCAUUUGAUAGGAUUGCUGGGUAUAAGUAUUGAAUGUGCCAGGUACUCUUGGUCUCUGUCCUAACUCUUUUCUUUCUCCC